AAUUUGUUGUGGGUAAAAAAUUUCCUUCCGAAAAAGAAAUUCUUACAAUGUUCGGAUUCCACAUACGAACUCGUUCCUUGGAUUCUACAAUUCCGGCGGGUUCGCCGAAACCAAUAGUGGGAACUCCAAGAUCCAGCAAUGAAGGCUCUCCAAGAACUAAGGUGGGAGAGGUGGACACCAGCGCUCCAUUUCAAUCUGUCAAGGCCACGGUUAGCUUAUUCGGUGAUGCUGCAACCUCGCCUAGGUCCAACAACGACGACAACAACAAGAAGCAGCCCCUUCUAUCUAGAAAGCCAAAAAAUUCCUCUGCUGCUGAUGAGGUGGGGAGCAGAGAGUGCUCGAGAAAGAAUCCGUUCUUCACUUGGCCCUCAAGCAACUGGAGGACUUCAGGGCACGACUCAAAUGCACAGAAACCACAAAAGCUCAAGCUUUCCGGGAACUGGAGAAAGCCAAUAGAACGCUACAGGAACUGACAAACAAGCUCGAAAUCAUUAGUGAAUCCAAGCAAGCGGCUAUCGAGGAAACAGAAGCUGCAAAGCAAAGAGCCAAGGAGCUCGAGGAACACAAAUCCAGCAGACAACACCUUGGGCAUCGAUGCUUGGAAACAGGACGUCAACAACGAAAGAGAACUAUACAAGGCCUCCGCUGUUGAGCUCAUUUCUGCUAAACAAGAGCUUACAACCCUCCGACAGGAUUUUGAUCAAGUCCUCGAAGCAAAACUAGCUGCAUUUCAAGAGGCUGCGGACGCCCAGCACCUCACCCAAGUUUACCGAGACAGGCUAACUUGAAUUUCCAGUGAAAUCAUCACCUUACGCGAUACACUGGGAGAGGUCAAGUUGGCCACUCUUCAGGCGCAAGAAGAAGGAAAUGAGCAUCGUGAAGAAAAGCAGGCUCGCUUCCAAUCUCACCAAACAACCAAGGAACAAGUAGAGCUGAAAAUCAAAUCCUUAAAAGAAGAAUUUGAUGCUAGCGAAAUUCUCGAGGAAAAGCUCGAAGAAACAACGGAGGCAAUCAAGCUUUUGCAAGAACAGCUGCAAAAUGUUAGAGAAUCAGAUAUGUUCUCUCUGAAAAUCGCCACAGCAGAGCUUGAUGAUGCUACAAGGAAACUGCGAGAAAUUGUGCAGGAACAAAACUUACAGAGAAGCUCAGUAGAUUUCCUUAAGGAGGAGCUUGAUAAUGUCAAGAGGGACCAUUCUGAAUUGAAGGACAAGGCAUCGGAAGCAGAAUUAACAGUUGAAACUUUGCAAAGUGAAUUGGAGAGAUAUAAAGCACAGCUCGACGCAGCUCUUGCAGGAGAUCCCCAAGGAGAGUACGAUGAUAUGUGCUUAAAACUCCAGCAGUUGGUGUCGGAGGCUGAAAAUGCUAGGCAGGGAGCAGAAGAGAUCAGGAAGGACAUCUCAUUACUUAAGCAAGAUGCUGAAACAGCACGUGAACCAAUUCCAUCGGAAUGGAAUGGAAAACUGCUGCCAUUCCUCGCUGCGGAAUAUUCAUCCUCGAGCUUUUCCUUGCUCUGUUGUGCUGCCCGUGAACCAAUUUCUCCAUUCCACUCUGUUUUCGUCAUCUUAUCUCCCUCCAUUGAUGGCAAUUUGCAUCGGUGGAAAACCCCUAAUUUCUUCCGCUAUUUGGAUGCAAAAUGGGUUCUGUCUUGGAAAACCCCUAAUUUCUCAGGUUUCCUCCAAUUUGGAUGCAAAAUGGGUUCUCUGUCU